GAUAUGAUAACCCAAGUCCUGUUAAUUGACGACAUGCCGUGAUUUUACAUUUACAUUCGCUGUAAGGUCGCAGUAUGUGUUGUACUGUUCUCUUCCAUUCCUCUAAAAUUACACCUGCCUCGGUGUUAAGCUUUUCAGUCUCCGACCCUUCUCCGACCUUUCCACUUUCCUCCGAGACGUCUUCUCCAUAUAGCAUCCCAACACCGUCAACAUUCUCUUGAGUCUGCUUGACACUCAAAUCGAGAAAACCGAAUCCAAGCGGCUUCAUCAUGUCUUCCGAAGAAAAGGGUAUUCCGGUUGGAGCGACUUCGUCGUCGCCUGUGUUGACCGUCGCCGGACAGCAGCAAGGGCGAUUGAACGCCUUGCUCGACGAACAUGGCGCGACCUGGGACUCGCCCGACGAUCCCCAUGACCCCUACAACUGGCCUUCCAUUCGGAAGAUUUCAGUCGCGCUGGUCGUCUCGCUGGGGCAACUCGUCACCCUCAUGUCGACUAGUAUGAUGGCCGCCGCCCUAACCCAGAUCGGCGCCGACCUCCAUUUGGGUAGCACCGCUACUCAGGUCACCUUUUCAAUCUUCAUUUUAGGUCUCGCCUUUGCUCCUUUCUUAAUCGCGGCUCUCUCCGAGAUGUACGGGCGACGACCGAUCUGGAUUGCCAGUAACCUUUUCUAUAUCAUGUGGAAUGCACUGUGUCCCGUGAGUUCCUCCGUUGGGCUCAUGACGGUCGGGCGAUUCCUUGCCGGAUCGGGCGCGAGUGCAGGUAUCACGCUCACAGGGCCUAUACUUGCCGACAUGUAUCGGCCGGAACAUCGAGGACGCUCCCUAGCGCUGGCCACCUUUAUCCCCUACCUGGGUCCGGCCCUGGGCCCCAUGAUCGGCGGAGUGAUCUCGCAGCAUCUGCCGUGGGGCUGGCUAUUCUGGGUCCUCUCCCUGUUCGACGCCGCCAUUGUGCUGAUCGGCAUUUGCUUCCUACCUGAAUGCUACACCCCAAGUCUACUCCGGAAGAAGGCCGCCCUCCACCGCCACCUCCAGGAUGCCGCCAAUGCUCCCCUCUCGUCCUUCAGCAAACGCCGGCUCACGCUCCUGCUCGACAAGGCGUUCUAUCAGAACCUCAGCACCCGGCUAGGGGCCCACCUCAUCCGCCCGCUGGGGCUCCUCGUCUGCCGCCCCGCGAUCCAAGUCAUCGCGCUGAUCAUGGCGCUGAACUUCGCCAUCUACUGCCUGCUGCUGUCCACCUACGCUACCCUCUGGAUCGAGCGGUACGGCGAGUCCGCGACCGUCAGCAGUCUGAACUACAUCGCCAUCGCAAUCGGCACCAUCACGGCCUCGCAGGUAGGCGGCCACCUGAUGGACUGGAUCUACCAAGCCCUAAAGACGCGCCACCACGACGCCACACCCACCCCCGAGUUCAGGAUCCCUUUCCUAAUCCCCGGCGUCCUCCUAGUCCCCGUAGGCAUUUUUCUAUACGGCUGGUCAGCGGAGAAGCGGCUGCAUUGGGUCGUCGUCGACGUCGGCACCGCCAUCUUCGUCACGGGCAGCUUCAUCCUGUCCCAGGGCAUGCUGGCCUACCUGCUGGACGAGUUCACCACGCACGCCGCCUCGGCCAACGCCGCCGCGCGCAUGCUUUCCAACAUCCUCGGCUUCGUGUUCCCCAUCUUCGCCCCAGAUCUGUAUGCCGCCCUCGGAUACGGGUGGGGAAACAGCCUGCUGGGAUUUAUCUUUGUUGCUGUCGGCUGGCCUAUUCCUGUGAUACUGUGGGUCUACGGAUCCCGCUUACGAGCUAUUGGACGGUCGUAG